UCAGAAGGCUUGAAGGGAAUAGAAAAGGAAUGAUAACAAAAGCUGACCGUGAUUGGCCCUUAAUUAAAAACACCCAGCGUGGACCAAUCGGAGCUGGGCCUGUUGCAUUCCACAGCAGCAGAUAAUUAUUGCUUUUCUUUUCCUCUGAGGCUUCCUCAGCUUCUCAGGAGGGGAGAAAACAAAAAGAAACCCAAACAAAAUCCGAGCGCGAGGAUUUUUCAGGGAAUCUCAGGGCUGGAAGGGGCCCUGAGGCCUCCAGCAGCAGCAGCAAAGGGCUCAGGCCUUGUCCUGCCCCAGGCCGGGAUCCCCCAGCGCCAAACGCGGGCCCAGCGAGGAGGAGGAGGAGGAGGCUGUGAGGAAGAGGAGCCCGGCCCGGGAGCCCCAGGCAGAGCAGGAGCUGAGCAUGGAGAGCAGCGAGGAGCCGGUGGCCGAGGCCGUUUUGAGCGGCUCCAGGGCGCAGGGAGAAGCCAGCGGGGAGGAGAAGCCGCGGAGAUGCCUGAGCAGGAGGGGCUGCAACCGCAGAGCGCGGGGAUCCGAGGGGCAAAGAGCCGGCCUGGGCCAGGGAGGGGCUCAGAGCCCCGAGCUGGGGCUCCGGGAGCAGCUCCAGGAGGGGCAGGAGAAGCCCCACGAGCGCUCGGAGUGCGGGAAGAGCUUCAGCAGGAGCUCCGAGCUGGGUGCCCACCAGAGGAACCACACUUGGGAACAGCCGAGCUCUGAGGGGGAAAAGCCUCCCCUGGGUGGGGAAGGGGCUCAGAACUUGGAGCUGGGGGUCCAAGAGCAGCUCCAGGAUGGGCAGGAGAAGCCCCACGAGUGCUCAGAGUGCGGGAAGAACUUCACCAAGAGGUCCCACCUGAUUGUCCACCUGAGGAACCACAUGGAGCAAGAGCUGGGAUCUGAGGGGGAAAAACCAACCCUGCAUCAGGAAGGGGCUCAGAGCUCAGAGCUGGGGCUCCAUGAGCAGCUCCAGGAUGUGGAGAAGCCCCACGCGUGCUUGGAAUGUGGGAAGAGCUUCACCAAAAGGUCCCACCUGAUUGUCCACCUAAGGAACCACAUGGAGCAAGAGCUGGGAUCUCAGGGGGAAAAACCAACCCUGGACCAGGGUCAGAGCUCGGAGCUGGAGGUUCAAGAGCAGCUCCAGGAUGUGGAGAAGCCCCACGCGUGCUUGGAAUGUGGGAAGAGCUUCAGGUGGAGGUCGUCCCUGAUCCGCCACUGCAGAAUCCACACCGGGGAGCGUCCCUACGAGUGCGGGGAGUGCGGCAAGAGCUUCAACACCAGGUCCUACCUGAUCGUCCACCAGAGGAUGCACAACGGGGAGAGGUCCUACGCCUGCGGGCUGUGCGGGAAGAGCUUCAGCACCAGCUCCCACCUCAUUGUCCACCAGAGGAACCACACGGGCGAGAGGCCCUACCAGUGCGACGUGUGCCAGAAGAGGUUCCAGAGCAGCUCCACCCUCCGCAGCCACCGGCGCAUCCACACCGAGGAGAGGCCGUUCCGCUGCCCUGAGUGCGGCAAGGGCUUCAGGGAGAACUCCACCCUCACCACGCACCGGCGCGUGCACACCGGGGAGAGGCCCUACGUGUGCGGCGAGUGCGGCAAGAGCUUCAACACCAGCUCCUACCUGGUCGUCCACCAGAGGAUGCACAGCGGGGAGAAGCCCUACGAGUGCGGCGUGUGCGGGAAGAGCUUCGGCAGGAGCUCCCAGCUGAUCGUCCACCACAGGAGCCACACGGGGGAGCGGCCCUACGAGUGCCCCCAGUGUGGGAAGGGCUUCACCAACAGCUCCAACCUGAUCGUCCACCAGAGGAGCCACGCUGGGGACAAGCCCUACGGGUGCGAGCAGUGCAGUCAGAGGUUUCCGAGCAUCGGGGACCUCGUGGUGCACCAGGGCUCACACGCGGAGGAGAAGCCGUUCCACCUCUCCGAGUGUGGGAUGGGCUUCGGUGACGACUCCAAUGUGGUCAAGGCCCAGUUCAUGCACGCCGGGGAGUGUGAGGAGAGCUCCAGCCUGAUCAUCCACCAGAGGGACCACGCUGAGGAGAGGCCCUACGCGUGCGAUCAGUGCCACCAGAGGUUUUACACCAGCUCCUCUCUCCUCAAGCACCAGCGCACCCACACCGAGGAGAGGCCGUUCUGCUGCCCCGACUGCGGGAAGAGCUUCAAGAACAACUCGGCUCUCGUCGUCCACCAGCGCAUCCACACCGGGGAGAGGCCCUACGAGUGCGGCCAGUGCUGGAAGAGGUUCCACACCACGUCCGACCUCCUCCUGCACCAGCGCAUCCACACGGACGAGAGGCCCUUCCGCUGCCCCGACUGCGGCGUGGGCUUCAAGCACAACUCGAGCCUGGUCAAGCACCGGAGGAUCCACACCGGGGAGAGGCCCUACGUGUGCUGGCAGUGCGGGAAGAGCUUCAGCGCCAGCUUCAGCCUCAUUGUGCACCACAGGAGCCACACGGGGGAGCGGCCCUACGAGUGCGGGCAGUGCGGGAAGAGCUUCUCGCAGAGCUCGGGGCUGGUGGCCCACCAGAGGUGCCACACGGGGGAGAGGCCCUACGAGUGCGGGGAGUGCGGGAAGAGCUUCUCGCAGAGCUGCAACUUGAUCAAGCACCAGUGCAGCCAGCACUGCGGGCAGCCCAGAGCGCAGGGAGAGCUUCAGGCGCUGCUCCAGCUCCGUCCUGCGCAGGAGGAUCCGCCCUGGAUGGUCCCCAGUGAGCCCAGGUGGGCAGAACCCUCCUGAUCCUCGUUUGGAGGGUUCCACGUCCUCCCGGAUUUGUCAACUUCUGAUCCCUUGAAAAAUCUCAGUUUUUCACUCUUGUGGUGGUCUCAAGCAGCUCUUGAUUGCCUCAGAGGUGUCUUCUCCACCAUCAAUCCAUCCCCCAUGGGAGGAUCUGCUCUGGAUGGUCCCCAGUGGGCCCAGGUGGGCAGAACCUUCUUGAUCCUCAUUUGGGGAACACCCGGCUGAGGGCUCCUCAUCCUCCUGGAUUUGUCACCUUCUGAGGCCUGAAAAAUCUCAGUUUUUCACUCUUCUGGUGGUCUCAAGCAGCUCUUGAUUGCCUCAGAGGUGUCUUCUCCACCAUCAAUCCAUCCCACACGGGAGGAUCUGCUCUGGAUGGUGCCCAGUGGGCCCAGGUGGGCAGAGCCACCUUGAUCCCUGUUUGGAGGACACCUGGCUGAGGGCUCCUCAUCCUCUUGGAUUUGUCACCUUCUGACCCAGAAAAAUCUCAAUUUUUCCCUCUUUUGGUGGUCUUCAGCAACACUAGAUAGCCUUGGUGGUCUCCACCAUCAAUCCAUCCCACACGGGAGGAUCUGCUCUGGAUGGUCCCCAGUGAGCCCAGGUGGGCAGAGCCACCUUGAUCCCUGUUUGGGGAACACCUGGCUGAGGGCUCCUCAUCCUCCCGGCUCCCCAUGGCCUGGGAUCUUCUUUUUAUUUCUCUUUGUCCUUUCUCAAUCUGGAGUUAAUAAUAAAGAUAUUGAACGAA